AUGUUUUCCGAUAAUGGAAGAAACUUUCUCGGAGCAAGUUAUGCCUUACUCAAAACCCACAAUAUUUUCUUGAAGUCAGCAGAAAAGGCUCUAAUUGAAAAAUACAGCACUCAUGGUUUCAAUUGGUCUUUCAUUCCACCAUACGCACCCCAUAUGGGUAGCCUCUGGGAGGCUGCAGUGAGGAGUAUGAAAACCCAAUUAAAAAAGAUUACUGCAAACUUAUCAUUUACCUAUGAGGUAUUUUCUACACUACUUGCUCGUAUCGAAGCCGUUUUAAAGUCGAGACCACUGUCACCAAUAACAGAAAACACGACGGAAGUUUUACCGCUAACUUCAGGUCACUUACUUCGAGGAGCCCCGAUUACUGCUCUACCAGAAGCCCCUGAUGAACCCCAAAUAGAAAAUGUGCCCCUUUUGAAACGAUGGGAGAGAAUAAAAGCCCUUCAACAUAUUUUCGCCAGAAGAUGGAAAACGGAAUAUAUAUCCGAGCUUCAACGGCGCUUUAAAUGGCAGAAAGAACGAGACAACUUAAAGCCAGAUGAUAUAGUCAUAGUUAAAGAAGACUUUUUACCACCUACAGAGUGGUGGCUUGGCCGUGUAAACAAUGUCAUUUACGGUCAUGAUAACAAAAUAAGAGUUGCUGAAGUUCGCACUAGAAACGGUACUAUUUUGCGACCUGUUGUAAAGUUAUGUUUAUUAUCAACAAAUAACCCUAAUGAUCCACCUAAAAGAUGUAACUACAUAACUUACCAAAUUUCCCUUCAUCGAGUAAAAAGAGAUCUCAAUUGCACUUAA